AAGCUUAAACAAUUUCUUAAUUGUGUCAUCCAAAAUAUGGAUAAGAAUAAAAACAUAUUCAUUCUGUUCAGUUUCUUCUUCGUCUCCCUCCUUCUCUUCCAAAAUGCCAAUGUUUAUACCUCAGCACUGUCUGAGUCCAAAGUUUACAUUGUGUAUAUGGGAGCGAGGCAGCAUGAUGAUGUAGAUCGAAUCACUUCUACUCACCAUGAUAUGUUAACUUCUGUCCUUGGAAGCCGAGAAGGAGCUGUGGGUUCAAUGAUUUACAGCUACAGGCAUGGCUUCUCUGGUUUUGCUGCCAUGAUGACCAAAUCCCAAGCUCAAACCAUUACAAACUUACCUGGCGUUGUUAAAGUCAUGCCUAAUUCGGUCUACAAGUUGCAAACAACCCGGACUUGGGAUUAUCUCGGCCUACCCUUCAACUCUGCCAAUAAUCUCCUGAAUGAUACUAAUAUGGGUGAUGAUAUCAUCGUUGCUGUUCUUGAUUCAGGAGUGACACCAGAAAAUGAAGCCUACAAUGAUAAAGGAGUAGGUCCAAUCCCUUCAAAAUGGAAGGGCUACUGUCAGUCUGGAGAGCUGUUCGAUCCCAAGAAGAAUUGCAAUAGAAAACUAAUUGGAGCCCGGUACUUCAUUGAUGGCUACUUGGCUUAUAAAGGACAACCUGGAAGCACUAUAGGAAUUAGAGACUACAUCUCUCCAAGGGACUCAAAUGGGCAUGGCACUCACACUUCUAGCACAGCAGCUGGCUCACCUGUGUCCAAUGUGAGCUACAAAGGACUGUCAUUAGGAACAUUAAGGGGCGGUGCACCGCGGGCUAGGCUUGCUAUUUACAAGAUAGGUUGGGAAGAUGGCAUAUUUACGGAUGCCGAUAUUCUCAAGGCCUUUGACACUGCCAUUCAUGAUGGAGUUGAUGUGAUAUCUGCAUCAUUUGGGGCUGAUGUGCCUUUAUAUUCUGAACUAUACCCUCAAGCUGGUGCAAUUAGCUUUGGUUCUUUUCACGCUGUUGCACAAGGGAUCACUGUGGUUGCUGCAGGAGGGAACGCAGGGCCUGCUGCUCAAACUGUGUCUAAUGGGGAGCCAUGGAUCAUAACCGUUGCUGCUAAUACACCUGAUAGAGCAUUCCCUACCCCAAUCACACUUGGAAAUGGUCAAACCCUCAUGGGUCAAUCAUUGUUCACUGGGAAAGACACAGGCGUUGUCAACUUGGUUGCUGCCCGAGGGUCUUGUGAAACCCUAUCUACAAUGGAUACAUACAUAACUGGAAACGUGGUGUUGUGUUUUACUGGAAGUCGUGGCUCAGACCUUGAAGUACUAAGGUUUGUAAUAAGAGCUCGGGCUGUUGUGAGAGGAGUUGGUGGUUUGGGAAUUAUUGUGUCACAGAAGCCAUUUACAUUACUAGAUGCAUAUGCUGAUUCUUUUCCUAGUGCUCAAGUUGAUUACGAGAUUGGAACUAAAAUACUCUCUUAUAUCGCAUCUAUAAGAUACCCAAAGGUGCGGCUAAGUCCAUCCAAAACUCAAAUUGGGAAGCCAAUCUCAAGCGUCAUAGCAAAAUACUCAUCUCGUGGCCCUUAUACUAUAGCCCCGGCUAUACUUAAGCCAGAUAUUGCGGCACCAGGAACAAAUAUAUUAGCAGCAUAUGUUCCUGAAAAUCCUAAUAUACGAAUAAGUACAUAUAAGAUUAUCAGUGGAACAUCUAUGGCAACACCACAUGUGGCAGGAAUAGUUGCACUACUCAAAGCUGCUAACCCAAAUUGGUCUCCGGCAGCUAUAAAAUCCGCAAUUGUCACAACAGCAUGGACAAGUGACCCAUCAUCUGGACAACCUAUAUUCAAUGAAGGAGAGACAAUCAGUAAAUUGGCAGAUGCAUUUGACCAUGGGGGAGGGAUCAUAAACCCCAACAAAGCAAGAUCUCCCGGCCUCAUCUACGACAUGAGCACAACAGAUUAUCUUCAGUGCCUAUGUGCCAUGGGAUAUGACAGUAGGGUCAUUAGUGGACUUGCAGGGCAAGCCACAUCUUGCAAUAAUGGGCUUUCCAUUUUUGAUGUGAAUUUUCCUUCGAUAACCAUGCCAAAUCUAAACGGAACAGUCACUCUCACUAGAACUGUGACAAAUGUUGGACCUGUAAACUCGGUAUACAAAGUUAUGGUUGAACCUCCAAAGGGAAUAACAGUAUCUGUAACACCAAGUACACUAAACUUUAAUCCCAGCGUCAAGAAGAUCUCCUUCAGUGUAAAAAUUUCCACGAGCUAUCUCUUCAACACGGGAUACUAUUUUGGGAGCUUAACUUGGAAUGAUGGGGUGAAUAAUGUCAGAAUUCCUAUAUCUGUCAAGACAAUGUAUUAAGUAAGAAUCAAGAUACUAUUAUGGGAGCUUGACUUAGAA